GCGGACCUCGCUGGAGCUAGACACAGUCGGCUCGCGGCGUACCAGAAGCUUUACUUUACGUCAUUCCUUUUUCAGGGACAGCACUGCUGUUGGAACAGGGGCAGCCGCGUCUCGGCUGUUCUAUCACUGGGCAGUAGUGGUUGAGAACCCGUCCGCUCUUCUUCAGCACGCCAUUGUGCUUGGGGUCCUCCCUCAGUCGAUUGGAAAAUCGCCGAAGAGAAUAAAAGUGCGGUGGACGAUGUGAGGAGUUUGGCUGAUGCCUUCUUCGAGACGCGGAGCUAGCGCUAGUCUAGUAAGACAGUGACCCGAUGCUUUAUUUAAAACCUCAGGUGGACGUAGAUGUGAUAUAUGUUGGGUAAAGGAGCAAAGCGGAAGUUGGACGAGGAUGAAGACGGGCUGGAAGGCAAAGCGCUGGCGGGCCUGGCGGACGGGCCGUCCAAGGCGUCGUACACGCUGCAGCGGCAGACCAUCUUCAACAUCUCGCUGAUGAAGCUGUACAGCCAGCGGGCGCCGCCCGAGCCCAGCCUGGAGCGCCGGGUGCUGAUCAACAACAUGCUGCGCCGCAUCCAGGAGGAGCUGCGGCAGGAGGGCGGGCCGCCCCGCCCCCUCUUCUUCCCCGCCUCGCCCCCCCCCGACGACCCCGUGGACGAGGGCUUCCGCGAGGCGCAGCCCGCCUUCGGGGUCCUGGCCCCGCCCCCCCCUCCGCCGCCGCAGGCCCCGCCCCCUCCCGGCCCCGCCCCUCCGGACUCCUGCCUCACCCCCGCCUCCCUGCUGGAGGACGACGUCUCCUUGUUUUGCACUUCCCCGUCCCCCAACCACCCCCACCCGCACCCCCACCCGCACCACGGGGCGGCCCGACUCCCUCCCUCGGCCCCGAAGGACAGCUUCUCCUCGGCCCUGGAGGAGAUCGAGGAGCUGUGCACGACCGUCACGGCGACCAUGACUACUACCUCCCCCCUCGGGGCGACCCCCCACCUGCCCCCGCUCCCCCCCGCGGGGUCGGACUCGAAAGAGCGCGCCAAAAAGCCAGCGGGGCCCGCCGCGCCCUCCGAGGGCCGGCUCGCUAUGGCAACGGCCGAGCCCAGGCCGACAGACUCCGCCCCUCCUGCUCCCUCGCUGCCGCCGUCCAGCGGCCUGGACGCAAGCGGCACCUCCUCCUCCUCCUCGUCCUCCUCGUCCUCCUCGGCCUUCCUCACGGACCUGGCCCUGGACGACAUCCUGUUCGCUGACAUCGACACCUCCAUGUACGACUUCGACGCCUGCACCUCGACCGCGGGGGCGGGGCCCGCCAAAACGGCGCCCGUGGUGACGGCGGACGACCUGGUCAAAACUCUGUCGCCCUACGGGCCCGGCCCGGCCUCGCCCGUCCCCUCCAGCCAGCCCUUCAAAAUGGACCUGGCCGAACUGGACCACAUCAUGGAGGUCCUGGUGGGCUCGUGAUUUUUAAACACAAAAUAAAUAAAUCAAACUUUAUACCAGAACAACAAAAAACUGAAAGUCAGUUCUUUUAUGACUGUUUGUUUUUGUUUUUUUCUACAGUUUUUUUUUUUUUUAAAC